UAAAGCUCAACCCACCACAGUUUCUACGGUAUAAUUGAAGAGUGCCACUGUUCUAGCACUAGUGACUAACUAGUGACUAGUGAGUGGGUGUGAACUGAGGCCCCUGCCCGCGCUGCAGCUCUGCAAGAUGACCGCGAGGUCGGCCAGGUGCAUGCUGCUGCUGCUUGCCCUGGUGGCGGCGUUCCAUGGCCACGGGGGAGGAGCAUGCGUCCGUGCCACGAAGGAGCCUGGCCGCCUGCGCUGGCUGGGUGGGCUGAGCCGGGCGUCGUUUCCCAAGGGAUUCGUGUUCGGGACGGCGACGUCGGCGUACCAGGUGGAGGGCAUGGCCACAGGAGGCGGCCGCGGACCUUCCAUCUGGGACGCCUUCGCGCAUACGCCAGGAAAAGUUGUGGGAAAUCAAAAUGCCGACGUUACAACAGAUCAAUAUCAUCGCUACAAGGAAGAUGUUAAUCUCAUGAAAGGAUUGAAUUUCGAAGCCUACCGGUUUUCCAUCUCAUGGUCCAGGAUCUUUCCGGACGGUGAAGGAAAAGUUAACGAAGAAGGUGUGGCGUACUACAACAAUCUGAUAGAUUACCUGCUUCAGAAAGGCAUUACUCCUUAUGUCAACCUUUACCACUAUGAUCUCCCUCUAGCACUUGAGAAGAAGUAUGGAGGCUGGUUAAAUGCAAAGACAGUGGAACUAUUUGCAGAUUACGCAGACUUUUGUUUUAAGACCUUUGGCGACCGUGUAACGCACUGGUUUACAUUCAACGAACCAAGUAGAGUAGCGAUUGGUGGUUAUGAUAUAGCGACGACUCCUCCCCAAAGGUUUCUUGAUCCACUAAUAAAUGGACAGUACCCACAGAUAAUGCAAGACCUUGUGAAAGAGAGGUUGCCCAGGUUCACUCCUGAUGAAGCUAAAGUGGUCAAGGGCUCAGCGGACUGGAUCGGAGUCAAUCAAUACACAACUGAAUUCGUAAAGGGGCAGAAAUUGGUGCUGCAGAGGCCGACUAGCUACUCAGCCGAUUUGCAGGUUACUUAUUCAUUUGAGCGAAAUGGCAAACCGAUUGGACCAAGGGCGAGUUCUAAAUGGCUUUAUAUCGUCCCGAGGGGGAUGUACGGAUGCGUGCACUACAUCAGCCAGAAGUAUGGAAAUCCACCGAUGCUCAUAACUAAAAACGGAAUGGAUCAACCAGGGAACCUCACCCGUGAUCAGUACUUGCGGGAUGCCACAAGGGUUCGGUACUACCGGAGUUACCUCUGCGAGCUGAAGAAAGCCAUCGACGGCGGCGCCAACGUUCUUGGCUACUUUGCGUGGUCCCUCCUGGACAACUUCGAGUGGAUGUAUGGCUACACAUCCAAGUUCGGCAUCGUGUACGUCAACUUCAACAGCCCCACCCUAGAACGGCACCCCAAGGCGUCGGCCUACUGGUUCAGAGAUCUGCUGCAACACUGA